AUGUUCGACCCCGCAAAUACCCAAGCCAAUGUCGGGGACGUGGUUCAAUUCAUGUUCACUGGCAUUCCAGCAAAUCAUAGUAUCACUCAGAGCAGUUUCGCCAGCCCCUGUACGCGUGAGGAUGGAGGAUUCGACUCUGGCUGGGUCGCAGCUCCGACUGACCACAAUGGAAGUUUGCCACCUGCUACUUGGAACUUGACCGUCACCAAUGCCAGCCACCCUAUUUGGUUCUACUGCAAGCAAACUGUCCCUCAGUUCCAUUGCUCCUCUGGUAUGGUGGGCGCUAUCAAUGGUCCCACGUCGGGUGCCAAUUCCAUGGACAACUUUAUCAAGAACGCACAGGGUGCUGGUGCGCCUGACCAAGGAGUCGGUGGACUAGUUGGUCAAGGAGCCUCCGCAUCCGCCCUUCCGGGUCCUAUUACUGGAGACCUCCAAUAUUUCGGUACACCCAUCUCGGGUGUUGCGUCUGCUACUGGCGGUGGUUCUGGCGGUGGUUCUGGUACCAGUGGAGGUGCUAAUCCCACCAGUACUACGGGGAACGGUGCUGUAUCGGCAAGGUAUAGCAUUCCGAUCUUGACGUUGGUGACGAUUGCAAUGGGAUUUGCAUUGGCUUGA